CCAAAAACCAAAAUAAAACAAAACAAAAAAAACUUGUCACCCCGUCCUGCAUACAACCAGCCUAUGUGGGAUCUCACCACUCUCUACACAGAGGAGACGACUGAGACUAAGAGACAUGAAAGAACUUGGCUAAGUCUUCAAACAGAAACCUGCAGCUCACUUUCACUCACUGACUGCCUGUCCUGACGUCUUGCCAUGUGCACAGGAAAGUGUGCCCGCUGCGUGGGGCUCUCACUCAUCCUGCUCUCCCUGGUCUGCAUUGUGGUUAAUUCUCUCCUGCUGGUGCCUGAUGGGAAGACCACCUGGACCAACAGCCAUCUCAGCUUGCAAGCCUGGCUCAUGGCUGGCUUCAUCGGUGGCGGCCUGAUGGUACUGUGUCCUGGAAUUGCAGCUGUUCGAGCCGGGGGCAAGGGCUGUUGUGGCGCAGGAUGCUGUGGAAACCGCUGUAGAAUGCUACGUUCAGUCUUCUGCUCGGCCUUCGGAUUGCUUGGUGCCAUCUACUGUCUCUCUGUGUCAGCAGCCGGGCUCCGAAUUGGACCCAAAUGUUUAAUGAAUGGAGAGUGGGACUAUCACUUCCAAGAAACAGCAGGCAGUUACCUGAUCAACAGUACUCAGUGGAAUUUGUGCCAGGAGCCACCUAACAUAGUCCCCUGGAAUGUGACGCUGUUCUCCUUGCUGAUGGCUGCUUCAGGCCUGGAGAUCAUACUUUGUGGAAUACAGCUGGUGAAUGCGACCGUUGGUGUCUUCUGUGGAGAUUGCAGGAAAAAGGGCACGGUUGAGUGAGGAUCUGCUGGACACUGAGUUAAAUCUGCUCAUUUCUGGAUGCCUGCCGGGCCCUCCUUCUCAUUGCCUUUCUGUAAUAAACUGCCUUGAGCUCCCUUCCCAGUCUCAGAUGGUGUCCUGUGGGGGGAUGACCACAUACACG